AGAACCCAACACGAUGCCCGUUCACUGCCAGCAGAGCCCGGUGCUGGUGGGAAGCGCCACUUUAGCCACGCUGGGGGCCCUGACACUGUACUUUGGGGAGCCCUCCAGCUACGGGAAGCACACGGGGAGUCUGGCCACAGCUGCCCACCUGUCCGCCCGCGCCGCCUGGUUCCUGCAGGAGCUGCCCUCCUUCGUGGUCCCGGCGGGGAUGCUCGUCCGUCAGCCCCGCACUCUCCUUGGCCCGCCCGAGACUGUGCUUCUGGGCCUCUUUUGCGUACAUUACUUCCACAGGACAUUUGUUUACGCCUUCCUCAAUAGAGGGAGGCCUUUUCCAAUCAGGUUACUUUUCAAAGGCUCUGUCUUCUGCAUGGGAAACGGACUCCUGCAAAGCUACUACCUGACUUACUGCGCUGACUAUCCGGCUGAGUGGUACACAGACCUGCGGUUCAUCCUGGGUGUCUUCCUGUUUAUCUUGGGAAUGGGAAUCAACAUUCAUAGUGACUAUAUAUUGUGCCAGCUCCGGAAGCCUGGAGAAAUCAUCUAUAAGAUUCCACAAGGUGGCCUGUUCACAUACGUUUCGGGAGCCAAUUUCCUCGGUGAGAUCAUCGAAUGGAUCGGCUUUGCCCUGGCCACCUGGUCCCUCCCAGCACUUGCGUUUGCAUUUUUCUCACUUUGCUUCCUUGGGCUGCGAGCUUUUCACCACCACAGGUUCUACCACAAGAUCUUUAAGGACUACCCCAAAUUUCGGAAAGCCCUCAUUCCAUUUAUCUUUUGAAGGAACCAAAUAAAAAAAAG